GCCCCGCCGCGCGGGCCACCGUGGCGGCGGCGCGGGCGCCCGCGAGGGGGCCCGGCGGCGCGUGCGCCGCCGCCGAGCCGAAGCAGUCCGCGAAGAUGGCUCACGCGCUCGGCCUGGCCAAGUUCCUGUGCGAUCCGGGUCCAGCGCAGAUGUUUCUCAUCGUCGCCGAGCUGUCGGAUGUCGUCGAGCUGUCAUUUCCGUAUGAGUGGCUGACGAAGAUGCAGAAGGCAGGUCUCAGGCCAGGGGUGCUCACCUACAACUCGGUGAUCAAUGCGUGCGCCAAGGCUGGCGACGCCGCGCGCGCGGAGUCCUGGCUCCCCCGCAUGGAGGCCAGGGGCGCGCAGCCCGACAGCGUGAGCUACAGCACAGUUAUCCACGCCUAUGUGAAGUCCUCCGACGACAAGAGGGCAGAGCACUGGCUGGCCCAGAUGCUCGAGAAGCGCCUGACACCGAGCGCCACGUGCUACGAGUGGGUCGUCCAAGCGUGCACGCAGGCUGGCAACCUGGCCAGCGCUGACCGCUGGAUGACGGCGGCGCUGAAGACGGUUGACGUCAGCGCCCCCACCAUCAACAGGUUCAUCAACAAGUGCCUGCAGAGCAACGACCCCAGCAUGGCGGCACGGUGGACCAAGGAGAUGGACGCCCGCCAUGGCCUGCCGCUGGUGCCGUGGGGUCGCGCCACCGCCGCGCUCAUGAGGAACGCGAUCGCACUGCAGCUGUUGCGACGAUUCCCGAUCUUGACGCACAACGUCGGCAGCUUGCAGCCCCUCCGAUUGCAGGAACUCUCCGUCGCCUACCGCAGCAUCGCGAUCGGCGGCCUCACAGGUUGUCAGUUCCUACGGGAAUGGAUCGACCAGUUGCUGCGCAAAUGCGCUCGUCGCAGAGUACCGCUCAUCCUUACGGACGCCAACACUGGCCUCGGCAAGAUAGGCAACAAGCAGGUCAACGACGAAUGCAUCGGACAGCACGACAAUGGCCACGAGAACGAGAACGGGAAAGCUUUGCACUCCCUCAUGCAGAUGCACUCUCUGGGCGCGCUCAACACCCACUACAAGGUCGGGGCCACCUACACCGGACAUCAUGGUGUCACUACCAUCGACUACAUCUUGGCCCCAGUGUCACUGAUCCUAGACGCUACCUGUCGCUGUUGGCUGUCAUCGGCAAGGCGGACGCGCAAGAGCAAGUACUUCUUCGAUCAUAUCCCGAUCGUUGGCUACUUCCAGCUUUCCUGCCCUGGACACGACAGUACUGCGCGCUUGUGCUGGAGUUGGCCCACCUUAUGUCGACGCCUUCAGGAAGGACAAGGACUGCAAGGAUUUCUUCAGGACCUCCAGGACAAUCUAGGAAAGUACCAGGAGGAGUUCGCGGAAGUGCGCACCGACCCCUCGCCUGACAGGUACAUGCACCCCCUUGUCGCCGUCACCAGACAGGUCGCUCUCAAGCAUUUCUCCCUCAGCCAGGAGCGCCCCGAAUGGUGCAGACUUGCGACGAGGAGGAGACUGGACCUGCUCGCGGCACUCGGCGCCUCCAAGCGUUCGGCGUUUCGACGCGACGCUAUGGGCGCUGUUGGCAAGGAGGUGAAGCACCUGACUAAGCUCCUUCACAAGCACAUCCGCAGAGUACGUUUACACCAGGACCGCGAUCUGGAGCAGCAGAUGCGAGAAGGAUGCGAAGGUGGCUUCAACGCGAGCGCGCUGGAUGACACCUACCUGGUCACCAUGCUCGCCCCUCAAGCCACAAAGUACGGUGCCGUCAUGCGCAUCUCCACGCCGCAGCAGUGGCUUUAUUUGCGCGCAGGCAGUGGAGGACUCAUGGGGGACAGCAACGAGCCCGAGUUCUUUAUGUCCAACUACUACGCCAGCAUCGACGAGUAUAACGAGCUUACACGCCCUUUCUCUAAGUUCACCCUUGCCCACUGCGACAUGCUUGGCGGCGCUGUGAAUGUUGGAGUGGGCUUAUUUAUCGACGACCUCCUCGAGCUUCUGGCGUUUCCACCCGGGACACCCCCAGAGGAGAUCCGCAACACUAGCAACUUAGACGCCGAGUGUUUGGACGAGAGCGGAGAAGCAUGGGAAUACAAACAGAAUCGCACAAAGGCGGAGAUUGUGAUCACCGCCCCGCGUCGAGGUAUCACACAGGCACUCGUCGCCGACAAGGCGAUCGUUGGCACAACCUUACCUGAGCUGAAGCAUCUCGGCGGCAUGUUCUCCGCCUCAGGGUGCGUCCAUAGCGCGGCCGCCUCUGGCGGCGAGAGCUACAUCUACACGAGGGCCGACACCAGGCUCUCGACGCCAGAGAAUGACGAGAUCAACGCCGAGAGCAACAUCCACCCGUGGGCGAAGCAGCUGGCGCGCGACAUCGACACCCUCCUCACAUUGGACCUGGCUACUGAGCUACGACACGAAUGGCAACCUCGUGAUAUUCGAAGGCUUAUGACAGAUCCCGAGCUGCGCGACAUGUACACCGCAGUGACGGGCGUAGAAGGCAUUCCCACCUACCAAUGCGAGAUCACCCUGGCAGACGGCUCCGUCUGCGGCCGUGCCUUUCCGUCCACCGCUGCACUACGAGCGCACCAGACCCACAGCAAGGAGCCAUCCCACGCCAUGAGGAGCGUGCUCGGCCUACUCAUCCUGGACAACAAGUGCUUGAGAUGCGAUACGGUCUUUCGGACCAGCGGCAAGCGGCGCAACCAGGGCGAGAAGAAGGACAAGGGCCUACAGGUUCAGGACAAGGGAUUGCGCGAGCUGCUCCUCUUGCUGCCCAAGCAGGUGCUCAACAACACUCAGAAGGUCAGAACGAUCGAAGGAGCACUCCUCGACUCGUUCAUCCUGCCCAAGAGCCACGAGGUCAUCGUGAAGAUGCAGCUCCUGGACGCGCUGGCGGAGACACCCGAGGUCGGAGGCGCCAACAUGGCACACCUCAAGAAGAUUGUGGAGGACUUCAACGCAUGCGAGAAGGUCGAGGAGGCAGAGCAGCUCAUCAGGGUGUGCAGGAUCUCCAAGACGGCGCAGGAGGAUCAGGUCAAGCUCAUCUUGGGCAUCCAGCCAAUGGCCGAGAAGCGCCACCCCGUGAUCGACGCCUUGCGCCAGCUCGGAGCAAGGAGUUUCGCGCCGUUCGCGGUCGUCGUCUCCGUUGCCACCGUCUUUGACCUCGUGGCACCAACGAGCCCUGGAGCAAGAGGGGGUGACGCCGCCGGCGAAGACGAGACCUUCUUGCUCCAGACGCUCACGGGCGAGGCUCCUGCGCGCGGCGCCUCCUUCGCCAAGGGCUCCGCGGGCCUCUGGGAGGCCUCGGCGGCCGCCGUGCUCCUCCCGAUCUUCGAGCUGCUCUCCCGCCCCGGCGGCGGGGCACGGCCCGGCAAGAAGUCCGCGGCGCUCCCCGGGCCUCGCAGCAG